AUGAAUCAAAUGAAUACAAAUGCCAAUACGGAAUUAGCAAAAGAUUAUAUUGCUAAACGGAAAAUUCCUCAACUAUUCGAAGCAUUAAUUACUGGUCUUAUGGUUCAUAAACCAGAAGAUCAUGUUGAUUUCAUUAUUGAAUCUUUAACCCGUUAUAAAGAUGGAAAUCAACAAUUGAAAUGGGAUUCAUUUAUUGGACGAAAAGGUGGCAUGAACAAUGUACUGCUUCCGCUAAAAAAAACUACGAAUGCAAAUGCUACAUCGCUACCUUCUUCUUUACAUACGGAUUUGGCGCGUCCACCAAAACUCGAUGCUAUACCAUCAGGAAAACGAGAUGAACCGUCUAAAAUUGAAGAUCAACCACAACGAACGACAAAUCAUGUAGAACAUGUUAAAAAUCAAGCAACCGAUAUGAAAGAGUUACUUAAAGGCAAACCAAUUAUUUUUGUCGGCGGUGGGCCAGGUAGUGGUAAAGGCACACAGUGUGAAAAAAUGAUUGAAAGAUAUGGUUUUACACAUUUAUCUGCUGGUGAUUUAAUCCGAGCGGCUUGUCAAGAUUCAGUAACUGAGAAAGGUCGUUAUUUUAAUGACGCUAUGACACAAGGAAAACUCAUCUCAACGGAAGAUAUUCUUGGCUUAUUGAAAGAUGCUAUUCAUGAAAAAGCCAACGAAGCUUCAGGAUUUUUAAUCGACGGAUUUCCGCGUCGUGUUGACCAAGGCGUGCAAUUUGAAAAGGAAGUUGCUCCAUGUGAUGUUUUAAUUUAUUUUGAUGUACCCGAUGAAAUAAUGAUUGAACGAUUAACAAAACGUGGUGAAACAAGUGGUCGAAUUGAUGAUAAUCAAGAAACGAUUGCUAAACGAUUAGUUACAUUUCAUGAACAAACAACACCUAUUUUGGGCUAUUAUGGUAAACAAGGAAAAUUAAUAACUAUUGAUGCUAAUCGAAAACCCGACGAAGUUUUCGUUGAUGUAACACAUGCGCUGGUUGAUUUAGUGGACCAAAAGCAAAGUGAUAGUAACGAUACUACAUCAAGUAAAGAUAUAUAUGUGCAUCGUUCUCAAUUUUUUUCACCGUUCAGUAAUCAAAAAGCACGUUUUCGAUUAAAAAAAAACUAA